AUGCUGAGCAAUGGAAAAGUCUUAGUUACUGGUGGAUGGAGUUAUAGUAACUAUUCGAAUAGUGCAGAACUCUAUGACCCAGCAACAGGAAUGUGGACAAAGACUGACAACAUUAGUAUUGCACGAGCCUAUCACACAGCAUCGAUGCUGAGCAAUGGAAAAGUCCUAGUUGCUGGUGGAUUUAGCUACAAUGGCUACUUGAAUAUUGCAGAACUUUACGAUCCAGCAGCAGGAGUGUGGGCAAAGACUGGAAACAUGAAUUUUGGACGAUGGAUUAGCACAGCAUCCACGCUGAGCAAUGGAAAAGUCUUAGUUGCUGGUGGAUUGGGUUUUGGUGACUAUUUGAAUAGUGCAGAACUCUAUGACCCAGCAACAGGAGUGUGGACAAAGACUGGCAACAUGAGUAUUGCACGAUGGGGACACACAGCAUCGAUGCUGAGCAAUGGAAAAGUCUUAGUUACUGGUGGAGCUGUUAUCGGUGACUUUUUGAAUAUUGCAGAACUUUACGAUCCAGCAACAGGAGUGUGGACAAAGACUGGCAACAUGAGCAUUCCACGAUACUAUCACACAGCAUCGAUAUUGAGCAAUGGAAAAGUCCUAGUUGCUGGUGGAUAUAGCUACAAUGGCUACUUGAAUAGUGCAGAAAUUUACGAUCCAGCAACAGAAGUUUGGACAAAGGCUAGCAACAUGAGUUUGGCGCGACAGUAUCACACAGCAUCGGUACUAAGCAAUGGAAAAGUCUUAGUUGUUGGUGGACAAGGGUCUCGUGGCUAUACGAAUAGUGCAGACUUAUAUACAUGA